AUGUCCUCGGUGACCUCUGGCGCGCCCACGCGCCGCGCCGCCCCGAGCACGGCGCGGCGCCUCGAGGAGCGAAACGGGGGCGGGUCGGCGAAUUCGUCUCCGCGCUGGCCGAUGCGGGCAGGGAGUUCGGGGAGCCGAGGAUCCUCGGCGGCGGCCCGAGGCCCGCCGCCGGCGCGGGGCCCCGCCGGCGGGCGGCGCGGGAGGGCCGCGCAGGCCCCCCGGCGGGCGGGGCGGCGGCCGCGGAGGGCGGCGAGGAGCCCGAGCGAGCCGGCGGCGGCGGUGUGCGGGCGGCGGCCCCGGGGGCGAUCGGUGAGGCACCAUCACAUCCACGAGGGCGCCGCCUGCAGGUCGUUGCACGACGCCUCGCCGCAGCUCUGGUGGGAGCUGCGGGCGCGCUCGAGCAGCGAGGCCGACGAGUUCCUCCGCGCCGGCGUCCGCGACGUCACGGUGCACGAGGUCGGCCACACGCUCGGCCUGCGGCACAACUUCCGCGGAUCGUACGACAGGACUUUCUAUCAGAGACCAGACGCAGGACCCUCGCUUCGUGGAGCUGCAUGGCCUCACCUCUUCUGUGAUGGACUACCUGCCCGUGAAUAUCGCUCCUGA